AUGCCAUCGCACAUAUUAUCCAACCCUGAGGAGUACGAGCUGGCGGUAGACCAAAACAUUGGUCUCGGCCAGCUCUUUUACAACCAGAUGGAGAGGAACCCUGCAUCGACUGCUAUCAUUGAUGGAAAUGAAAAGAUCAGCUAUCAAGAACUGCAUGCAAAUGCACUUCUCAUUGCCCAGAAUCUUAUAGAAUAUCAGAUCAAGCUUGAGGAGCCGGUGGGAAUCAUUGUCCAACAUGGCAUCGCAGAUGUGGUGGCCCAAAUGGCGAUCAUAUAUGCCGGUGGAAGCUGUGUGCCAAUGGAUUCAACGUUGCCAGACAUUCUGAUACAGACCCGUCUGGAAAAGCUUCACACGAGAUGCAUACUGGUUGACGAUUGCAACAAACAUCGAAAUCUCAACUUUCACCGUUUUGAUGUCAGCAGGAAAACACCAUUCAGAUCCAAAGAAUCAUGGCUAUCCUGGUUAUCGAAGUCGGAGAUUCCUCUACCGACUACCCUCGAGCACCGCACUCAUUUGAUCCAUACUUCAGGAACAACCAGUGACCCUAAGGCGGUGCAAAUUGUUGCCCGCUCUAUUCUGCAAAUCGUGUAUCAUGCACCCUUUGAAGCGAUCGAGGAGACCGAUACGGUAGCCCAUGUCAACAAUACCAGCUUUGACGUUGCAUUGUUUGACAUAUGGGUGCCACUUUUGCGCGGUGCACGUAUUGCAGUGUUGAGCAAAGCCAUCCUUCUCAAUCUGCCGGCGAUGGCGGCUGCAAUUGACCAAAUGGGGAUAACCAUUAUGGCCACUACCACCGCUUUGCUGAACCUUGCGGCCACGACAUAUCCACGUGCAUUUGCGCAAUUGAAAACGUGUUUCAUUGGCGGCGAGGCGGCAAAUGUGGCGGCGCUUGAGACAAUUCUGACCCAAGAGCCACCCCGGCAGCUGAUCAAUGCCUAUGGUCCCACCGAGUGUUGCAUCUUUUGCUUGGCGCAUAAAGUUACCCUUGACGACACCUCUAGCGGAGUCAUCAGCAUCGGGAAGCCGGUGGGCAGAACAGUCGCGCGUAUCUGUGAUGAGGCUGGCAAAUCAGUCCCAGUUGGAGAAGAAGGGGAGCUUUGGAUUGCUGGCGCAGGUGUGUCGCCCGGCUAUGUGGGCCAAACCGAGAAGAAUGCGGCGUGUUUCAUUUCCCUUGCAGAAGAUGAAAAGACACAACGAUUCUAUCGCACGGGUGACAGGGUAAGGCGAAGGAUCAGCGAUGGUCAGAUCGAUUAUCUCGGACGCCAGGAUCAUCAGGUCAAGGUCCGUGGCUACCGUAUUGAGCUUGAGGCAGUCGAAGCUGCAAUGUUGAAGACUCGACAAUUCUCCGAGGUUGCUGCACUGAAAGUCGAGGCCGGAGAGGGAGCUGGGUCAGUUCUCGUCGCUUUCGCAGUUCCGACUUCUUCACAGCCUAAGGCUGUUGUGAGUGCGACGAAGUCUCUCAAGGCAACACUGCCAUCGUACAUGGUACCUCAGAUUGAACUCAUUUCACAACUGCCACUCAACAGCCAUGGCAAGGUCGACCGAAAGACUUUGUCUCAACUCUACCGCAAGCGUUGGGUAGAUCAAACAGCCUCAAACAUCCACAACGGUCACGCUCAAAAAGGGACAAUUGAAGAACGACUGGCCAACAUAUGGAAGAAUAUAUUGGGCAAUUCAUCUAUACCUUUGGGUACAGAGACCGACUUUUUCGACCUUGGCGCUACGUCUUUGCAGGCCUCACUCCUGAUCAGCCGUAUUCGUGAAAUUUUCAACGCAAGCAUCUCCCUCCUGACGUUGUACGAUAACUCUACACUUGAACGGUUGGCUAUUGUGGUCGAGGAAGAGCUCGGCUGCAGUGGAGGAAAACACGAAACGAUCCGUCAUGAACAGUCGGUUUGGAUCGAAGACACAAAAGUCGCCGAUGAUCUCGUUCCACCCUCAGGGCCAGUGGUGGAUUGGCGCCGUGACACAGAAGGACGUGUGUUUUUCACCGGCGCUACAGGCUUUGUCGGUGCAUUCAUGGUGGCAGAUCUCCUUCGCAUGCGAGAGGUGCAUCAAGUGGGAUGUUUGGUGCGCGCUUCCGAUGUGGCCUCGGGUUUCAAGCGUGUCAAGGGCACAAUGAUCAAAUACGGCCAGUGGGAAGAGCGAUUUGCCGAGAAACUGUUGGUGCUCUGUGGCUCACUGGAAGACAUCUACCUAGGACUUGGGUACGAACGCUUUCAUGAAAUUGCCAAAUGGGCAAGCGUGAUCUUCCACUUGGGUGCUCGGGUCAACUACACACAACCGUAUUCAAUGCAUCGCCCUGCAAAUGUCGUCGGUACCAGGAACGUCCUGCGACUUGCAAGUACUGGGCAAAACAAGGCCCUACACUAUGUCUCCAGCAUUUCAUGUUUCGGUCCAACCGGCCUCGUGACAGGCACGCAAACUAUCGCCGAAGAUGAACCUCUCUUGAAACAUGUCGUGGCGCUCCCAUACGACCAUGGGUAUGCGCAAAGCCAGUGGGUUGUGGAAGGACUUUUGAGACGAGUCAUGGACCGCAACUUCCCUGUCGCCAUCUACCGCCCAGGCUUUAUCACAGGACACAGUCGCACAGGCGCCUGUAAUUCAGAUGACUUUUUCAGUCGAUUGAUACACUCUUGUGCCGAGAUGGGAUAUUAUCCGUUACUGCCCAAUCAGCGCAAGGAAUUCGUCCCGGUUGACUAUGUCAAUGCCACCAUUCUUCAUAUUGCUGGAUCACCGGCAGGUUCUUCUUUGGGUCACGCUUAUCACAUCGUACCUCCUAGUCGUGCCGUAUCGAUUGACAUGAACGAUGCAAUGGAGUUGGUGAGUAUGGCCUCGGGAGAGGACUCGGUGAGGGGAUUACCCUACUCAGAGUGGGUUGAGUUGUUGAGCAAGAAGGUUCCAAAGCGGCUGCAGCCACUUCAGCCAAUGUUGGCGGAAAGAGCCCAGGGGUCUCUGACUCGGUGGGAGAUGUACGAGAACAUGCCACUGUACGACACCACAAAUACUGCCCGGGCUCUGGAAAGUUACCCAGGGGGUCUCCAGUUUCCGGCGUUGGAUAGAACCCUGAUGAGGAAGUAUAUUGAGUGCAUUCUUGCUACCGGCUCCACGACUGAGUGA